AUGCACUACAACAUGGACGUCGAGUGGGUGUCGUCGGGGUACAUCGUUGCGCAUGGCGUCGAGGGGGAUGUCGCGAGGGAUGCUAUGGAAGAGGCCGACACCGCCAUCGAGGGUUACGCCACCGUCUUGUCUAGGAAGAUUGGUGACGACCUCCUCCCUGAUGUCGAAGACAAUGCCACUGAAGGAGAGGCAGUAGUCCGCCGCAGCUUGAAACGACAGGAGUGCUUUGCGAUCCCGGAUCCCGGAGAAGUCUGGGGUGAUGUGUUCACGCACAAAGACGCACCCCUCAUCAGCGGAGUCAGGGUACGAGCUGUCAAGUGGCGGUGCGACGAGGUCAUGGAUCGAGAUGAGGCGAUGACCCGGCAGAUCCUCGUGCACACUCACCAAAGGCAUUGCGACGUGCUCGUGCAGGACCGCCGCGUCGACUUCCCCAGAUUCUGGGUUCCCAUAGUUUUCAAAGACGACUUGGCACAAGUAGCUGCUUCCCACUUGAAAGAAAAUGAUCUUGUCUAUGUAUCUGGGCAAUUAACUUGUGAUGUUCCACCUCUCGUGCUUGAUGAUGGCCAAGCAAACAUUCAGGUUUUAGCACACUUACUGUCAUUUGUUGAUAGUAAAGUUGUUGAAACGGGUGCCGUAAUCGAUGAGGAAGAAGGAUUUAUGGAAGACGUCGAGGCUGAAAAGAAAGUUGAAGAAAAAAGAGUCAUCUCAAAAUAUCCACCAGGCAAAGUUUCAGGUUACAAAAGCAAGCGGGAUAAGUUCAAUAAGCUCUGGAAUGAUGUUAUAACUAGACCACAAGAUUGGACUGAUAACCGGCCACAAAAGAAGAAUGGAUCUAUAAGUGCAAAAUAUCCUGAUUUUAAGAACAAGGUUUCAAAAGAGGCACUCUGGCUCGACAGUGCACCAACUGCAGUGCUUGGAAAGCUGGAUGAUUUGGUCUUCGGUAGUGGUUAUGCUGCAAGCAAAGAAGAUAAACCUUGCAGUAAUCGGUACAACUGGUCGAAAUUUAGGAAGAGCCCAGAUGCUUCUGCUGUGUCAAAACUAAAACCUGGAGAGGAGGAGUUGUGGCGAGACCUACUAGACAAUCCAGAGAAUUGGUGGGACAACAGAACAGACAAGCCCACACCAAAAUAUCCUGAUUUCAAGCACAAGGACUCGGGCAAAGCUCUGUGGAUAGGAACCAGAUCACCUCAAUGGGCUGUGGAUGCGCUUCCGCGCGUGAAAUUUAAUGGAGGCAGCAAGGGUGCAAGAAAGAAAGAGACCUUGCUGUCAUGAUGGAUAUAAGAGCUUGGCCUUAGCGUAAGCCCUUGCCUGUGCUAUAUGCACAUCUCCAUUACUAAAUAUUGGGGCUGUCUUUGCGUAAUGGCGUGUUGAAAUUAUCUUAUAAUUAUACUACAUACUAACACCUGAUUCAGGUAGAGUACUAAACAAAAUUCGGGUUCAGCCAUUGUCGUGUCAGGAUCAGGAUGUAAAUAGUUUCCAAACUGAUGCUAAUGCAUAUUGUCUCAUCCUGUCGGCGAUUAUCAUAUACCUUUGAAGGCCCCGUUUUGCA